AUGGGUCCAACUUCAAAAGCUUGUACUCCUCUGCACCACCAUAAGAAUUUCUUCGCCGCCCAAGACAACGACGACUCCCUCCACUCCUUCUACGUCAAAUCCGAGAAGGAAAUGCCCUACUACAUCUACGUCCUCCAAAUCAGCGCCGCCAUUAGCUCUGCCGACGCCGAGGCACCCACCGCCACCCCCUCCAAGGCCCUUCCAUCUUUCAAGGAAAACGUUGGCAGCGGCUUAACGGUUUUCUGCCCCACCGACAGCACCGUCAGCGGUUUCGUGCCAAAGUACAAGAACCUGACCAAAGCGCAGAAGGUUUCACUUUUGUUAUACCAGGCGACUCCUGUAUACGAGUCACUGCAGAUGCUCAAGUCCAGCAACCAAAUCAUGAACACUCUUACCACAGAGGGAGUGAACAAGUACGACUUGAGUGAAGGGAAAGAGGUGAACCUCAUCACCAAAGUCAAUACAUCAGUCUAG